GAACUGGGAUUGCUGUUUGCCGGUGAUCCGGAAUGCCUCUGUAACAAAUCGACCUCUUGGUAUUCUCUCGUCCCGUCUCUCCCGACUUCCACACUUGCUCCAUAACAAGCCCCAUCACGAAGAACGGACCCCGGCAAGAACCCUCGUGGGCGGUUUCGUAUAUAAGCAACAAUGCAGGCCGUCACCACUGGCCUCGGAGCGCCUUCGCCUUCGGAUUCCAAAUACACCGCAGCGUCUGUCACGAAGCCAGCAGCGCAAGCAAUCAUGGAGAAACAGACGACAUCAGAUAAGCCCGUAGUCGCGGCGACGACCACGACGACGACCACGACGAUCAAGUCCAAGCAACAAACAAUACACUAUCCCUUCUGGUUCGGAGGAAGCGCCAGCAGCAUGGCUGCCACCGUCACACAUCCUCUCGAUCUCGUCAAAGUCCGCCUCCAAAUGCGCACCGGCGACGCCCCCAAAUCCAUGUCCGGCACCGUCGUCCACAUCCUCCGCCACCACGGCAUCACCGGCCUCUACAACGGCCUCUCCGCCUCUCUCCUCCGCCAAAUCACCUACAGCACCACGCGCUUCGGCAUCUACGAAGAGCUCAAGACCCGCUUCACCACCAAAGACUCCCCCGCCUCCUUCCCCCUUCUGAUCGCCAUGGCCACCGUCUCCGGCGUAGCCGGCGGCUUAGUCGGCAACGUGGCAGACGUGCUGAACGUGCGGAUGCAGCACGACGCCGCUCUGCCCCCCGCGCAAAGACGUAACUACGCCCACGCCAUCGACGGCUUGGCGCGGAUGACGCGCGAGGAAGGGUUUCGGAGCUGGUUUAGAGGUGUCUGGCCCAAUAGUGCCCGGGCGGCGGCCAUGACGGCCAGCCAGCUGGCUAGUUAUGAUGUGUUUAAGCGCAUCCUGAUUAGGCACACGCCCUUGGAGGAUAACCUGGCGACGCACUUCAGCGCGAGUUUCCUGGCGGGCGUGGCGGCGGCGACGGUGACGAGCCCGAUUGAUGUGAUCAAGACGCGGGUGAUGAGCGCGAGCGGGAAAAGCAGUAUUGGGCAGGUGCUGGGGAGCUUGUAUGCGCAGGAGGGGGUGAGGUGGAUGUUUAAGGGGUGGGUGCCGAGUUUUUUGAGGUUGGGGCCACAAACGAUCUGCACCUUUAUCUUCUUGGAAGGCCAUCGGAAGAUGUACAAGAAGGUCAAGGGUAUUGAGGAAUGAGUGUCCGAGUGUCCAUUCGUUCCUCUUCCUGGCUCCUUUUUUCCUUGUUUUCCUCUUUCUUCCUCACGUUCCCUCCCAUGUCCAGUCUUGGGAGUCUAUCACAUAGACGGAC